CCUGCCUGUACUCAAACAUCAUUCCUUUUGGCCAGCCCUGCUCCUCGUCGCCUGUUGACCGCUCCCAAAGUCAUAUCGUUUCGAAUAUUGUUGAGCCCUGUUCUCCCAAUCACCCACGCUUAGCACGUCAUUCAUUUGUGCCCGGCCAGUCGAGCACAUCGUCUCUCAGCCGUCUCCCUGACACUUCCGAGUUCCCCGAGUACCCUGCCAGCCCAUACCUACAGUCCCCAAUGGCUCCUGGGUCCUGCUGGCAUCAUUUAUCUUCCUGACCACGCGAGAGGCCCCUCCGCCUCCCUCAUCCCCCCUUACCAUGGAACGCUCCGGUUUUUCCACCUCGAUGAGCAACCGCCGACCCGGCUCGAGGCAAGACGACAUAUCGUUGGGAGCAAAUGACGCCGACACGAUUUCCGUUGUGACUCGACCACACAAAACCUAUUCAGAUUCUUCCAGGACCGCCAAAGAUGGCUCAACUAUUGAUCUGAACACAGCCAAAGACUGGGACAGGAGGAGAGCCGGAGAAGAAGAUCCCUCACGUCUAACAAACAUGUCAUCCUCCCUCAUCUCGAAAACCGUCACCCCGUUCCUUCGCGAACACAUACCGAACCUUUACGCACCCAUCUGGAAGUCGGACAACGAGGAGACAUCGAGAGAAAAGGAUCCGAACAGCAGAUAUUGCUAUCGACACAGACCGGACUUGAAAUGUCGGAGGGCAGCCGACGAGAACAAGAUGGUCAAGAUCCAGAGUGAACUCUCAGAGCUCCCACCAGCAGACCAACAAGCAAUCACCCACGUCUGGAGUUUGUUCAGUGCAGCGCCGUCGAAACACCGAGUUUUGAUGCUGCAAGGUGUGCUCCAGACAUGCUGCUUCCCUCAGCUGUCGACCGUUGCCCGGGAAGUCCACGAACAAUUAAAGAUCGACUUCAUCACCGCGCUACCUGUCGAGAUAUCUCAGAAGAUCCUGUGCUACUUGGACACCGUGUCGCUGUGUCGGGCCGCUCAGGUCUCUAGGGGUUGGGCAGAGCUCUCGAAUGACGAUUCAAUAUGGGUUCACAUGUGUGAGCAGCACAUUGACAGGAAAUGUACUCGGUGCGGAUGGAAACUUCCAUUGUUGGAACGCAAACGGUUACGGUCCUGGUCCAGGCAACAGCAGCUAGCAAGGGGCGUCAAGGAGAAUGCCGUCCAGGAAUUACCGCCGCUGCCCCCGGUUUUGCAUGCCCCCAACACACCAAGGUCACCAAGCCCACCCAAACGGGACGCAGCCAGCCUAGAUGAUUUCUCUGGUGGCAAACGGCAGUGCGUCGUCCGCGUCGGCAGCGAGGCCAGCGUUGCUCGCAGCGGAAUGCAACCGGAGAAGGAAAAGAGGGUUCGGCCGUGGAAGCUUGUCUACAAGGAUAGAUUCCAAGUCGGGUCGAACUGGAAGUACGGCCGGGCCUGCCUCACCAUCCUGAAGGGCCACACCAACGGCGUAACUUGCCUUCAAAUCGACGAAGGUAUAUUGAUCUCGGGCAGCUACGACUCCACCGCCCGUGUCUGGUCCCUGGAGACGGGCGAGGAGCUACGCGUGUUGCGAGGACAUCAGCGAGGGAUCCGGUCCCUGCAAUUUGACGACCAGAAGCUCAUCACGGGCUCGCUCGACGGGGUCAUCAAGGUCUGGAACUGGUCGACUGGAGAGUGUCUUGCGACACUGCGCGGACACUCCGAUGCCGUCGUCAGCGUGAACUUCGACGGCGAGCUUCUGGCCAGCGGUUCCGCCGACAAGAACAUCAAGAUCUUCAAUUUCCAGACCAAGGUCAGCUACUGUCUGCGGGGCCAUACCGACUUUAUAAACCAGGUUGUCAUCGACACCAAGAGCCGGACAUUAACAUCGGCCUCGGACGACACAUUAAUAAAGAUGUGGGAUCUGGAUUCGAGGACCGAGAUGAGGACAUUUGUUGGGCACGUCGGCCAUGCCCAACAGGUGCUGCCACUGCCGGAAGAUUUCGAACCGGACGAUAUGGACCGAGAAUUGAACGGGCCCCGAGACAACACCGAUGAAUCGUCAGUAGGAAGCGGGCGGAGCUUAACCCCCGUGCCCUCGGCGAGCCACUGCAACAACCGGCCGGAGUUGCCACCCUCGGCCUCCCAAGACGAAGGUCUCCGUGCCCUCUACCCCGGGUUCUCGUCCGAUCCGGAUCGUCCGUUACCGCCCAGGUACAUGUUGACCGGGGGUCUCGACUCGACCAUCAGGUUGUGGGACACGGCGACCGGGAAAUGCCUCAAGACCUUCUUCGGCCACGUGGAAGGCAUCUGGGGCCUGGCCGGAGAUUCCCUCCGCGUGGUCACCGCCGGAAACGACGGGAUGGUCAAGGUCUGGGAUCCGAGGAGCGGGAAGUGCGAGAGGACGGUGACCGGGCAUAGAGGGCCCGUGACUAGCGUCGGCUUGAGCGACAGUCGGAUGGCCAGCGGAGGCGACGACGGCGAGAUCAGGGUAUACUCGUUCCAUAACCCGCAGGGCGCCGGGCCUGCUAUCGAGGUCGGAACACCGAACUAGAUGGGUUCUUUCUGCUGGGUGGAAUAUGGUAUGACAGCGUUUAUUUGUAUCUCUAUUGUUUUGGGUUGGGCAUGGCAGAUUCCAUCGUCCUUAACGGAGGAGCGGCGGUUUUAAUGCUCUCGACGAACGAUCGGCACCGGAACUAGACGGUGGAAAAGGACCUGACACCAGGGGCGCAUUUGCGAAAAGGACAUGGGUUAUGGAUUCGGCGGCUAUGUGAGAGGACGGGAGUUAUUUGGGUUCUCUUACGCAUAUAUAUAUACCACUAGUGCUGGCGGAGCCGACGUCACUUGAAAAUACACCAUGAGAUGAUACAUCUGUGCCGAGCGAGCUUUAAUUAGGUAUU